AUGGCAAGAAGAAGAGCAGGGCCAGAGACAGGAAGCUGGACACUGUCGAGCAACCUUCUCCCGGCGCUCGGCGAGGUCUCCUCACCUUCCGUCGGGAACAACACCAUCAACCCUUGCGACUGCCGUUACAGGUGGUGGCAGGCGUCCCUGAUCGUGCUGGUGCUGUACUCAGCGUGGUCGUCGCCGUUCGAGCUGGCUCUCGAGAAGGCCGCCACCACGCCGCUUCUCGUCGUGGACCUGAUCGUCGACGUGUUCUUCGCCGUCGACAUCGCCGUCUCCUUCUUCGUCGCAUACUUCCACAGAUCCGUCAAUCUCUUCGUCGACGACCGCAGGAAGAUCGCGACCAGGUACCUCACACGGCCAUCGUUCGCAAUGGACGUGGCCUCGACGAUCCCGUUCCACGUAAUCUACCGGCUGGUGAGCGGCAGGAGCACUGGAUUCAGAUACCUCAAUCUUCUCCGGCUGUGGAGACUACAGCGCGUCAGUAAGCUCUUUGCGAGGUUGGAGAAGGACAUACGGUUGGACUAUUUCUACACCAGGCUCAUCAAACUCUGCGGCGUGACGUUGCUGGCGGUGCACUCGUCGGCGUGCAUCUUCCUGUGGAUGGCGUUCCACCACCACGGGCACGGGGACGAGGACGAGGACUCGGCAGCGCACACCUGGCUCGGCAGCCAGGUGCGCGACUUCCGGGGCCGCAGCGUCUGGGUCAGCUACACGUACGCGGUGUACUGGUCCACCGCCACGCUCGCCACCGUCGGGUACGGCGACGUGCACGCCGUGAACCCCGGCGAGAUGGUGUUCGCCACCUGCUACAUGCUCUUCAACAUCGGCCUCACCUCAUACAUCAUCGGCAACAUGACCAGCCUCGUCGUCCACGCCGCCACCAACACCUUCGAGAUGAGGGACGUGGUGCGGCGCGUCUCGGCGUUCGUGAGCGCGAACCGGCUGCCGCCGGAGCUGAGAGCGCAGAUGAUGGCGAGCGCGCAGCUCAGGUUCAGCACCGGGGAGGUGAUCCAGCAGCAGCUGCUGUCCGACCUGCCCGCGGCGCUCAGGUCCCGGGUCGCGCACCACCUCUUCAGGGACUCGGUCCAGCGCUGCUACCUGUUUCAGGGAGUCUCCAACGACCUCGUCCUGCAGCUGGUUUCAGAGAUGAGGGCAGAGUAUUUCCCUCCAAACGCUGACAUUGUCCUCCAGAAGGUGACCUCGACAGACUGCUACAUCAUCGUGUCCGGCGCAGUGGACGUGUUAGCGACUGCUGCUGACGGAACAGAGAAGCUGGUGAUGAAGAUGGGGGCACACGGCAUGGCAGGGGAAAUGGGCGUCAUUUUGGGCGUCCCGCAGCCGUUCACCGUCCGUAGCAGCAGGCUCACGCAGGCCGUGUGCAUCAGCCACACCCGUCUUCUGCAGAUCCUCCGUUCCAACACUGCAGAUGCCAACACCGUUUACGCCAAUUUUGUUCAGCACCUCAAGUCUCUCAAGGAAGAAGUUGCAGCGGAUGCGCAGCUUUUCGAGGAAAUCCUUUCCAAAACAAGCAUGGAUGAGCUUCAGAUCGGGGCCAUUUUUCAGAAGCAGCAUCAGAACGGUGAUAGCGGCGCCAGGAUGGUUCCAAGCCAGAAUCAGAAUCCCAGCUUUGGCACCGAGCAACACGAAGAGACCGCUCCCUGCAUGUCGCCGCGUCGACACCGCGGACUACGAGUGGUCAUUCAUGAUAGCUUCCCCAGCGAUGGCGCCGAGAAGCAUCGGAGCCGUGCAGCGGGGAAGCUCGUGCUCCUUCCGGAUUCGCUGCAAGAGCUGAUGAAAGUCGCCGAGGCGAAGUUCGGGAAGGCGGCGAGGCGGGUGCUCACCGUCGACGGCGCCGAGGUCGACGACGUUGCCGUGCUAAGGGACGGAGACCACCUGGUGUUGUCGUGGUAGGACUGACCACUUGCAUCUUGCAAGUAGUACAAGCACGUUUCACCUCUCCCCCUAUUCUCGAAAUUUUACGAAAGAGAAAGGGUGACAAUGAAGUUGAGAAAGGGUGAAACGAAAUUUGGGAGAGUUUCGUGACUGUCACAUCGUGUAAAAGAAAUGAAAUAAAACAAGUAAGGAUGAACCAUCCAUCUUAAAUGUAUAGUUUCAUUUUGUAGUUUUAUAGGCAUUUAAUUUUAUUCAUAAGAGUUGAUAAUCCCACCAAAAAAAGUUUCUAGAUAAAACUCACUUUUCUCUCUUUUUUACCAACAUUGUCAUGUCAUCAAAAACACUUAUAUAGCAGCCUAUUAAAUACAAAUAAAAUUUACAUAAAACUCUUACUAAAACGGACCUAAAUAAAUGCUAAUCUCACGCUUCAAGAAAUCAAUCAAUCUUUGAUCAAAUAUAUAUUUUCGAUUAAUCACAUCAUAUAUUUUCGAUUUAUUAGAUUAAUCACAUCAUAUAUUUCCAAGUAUUCAGAAACACAAAUGUUAAUACUAUUUUCUAUUUCUAUAAAUUUAGUCAAAAUUGAAAAUAUGCAAACAUUUGUCUUUGACAUAUGAACUACUCCCUCAUUCAGG